AUGUACGGCUUUUUGGGCCUCGUGGCUCUCCUCAUCUACUACGUGCUGCACCACUACCCCGAUGGUCCCCCUAAAUAUAAUGGCAUGGCGCGGGGGCUGCCGAAACCCGCCACCAAUGCUUACGUCGAUAUCAAGUUCCCUAAACGCCAGCUCGACCCCAUUGGGCGGGAAAAUGCCACCAUGGUGAUGCUAGUUCGUAAUGAGGAGCUCGAAGGUGCUUUGGAGUCCAUCCGCAGUCUUGAGGACCGCUUCAAUCGCCAGUACCACUAUCCGUGGGUAUUUCUUAACGAUGUCCCCUUCACUGAAGAGUUCAAGGAACGCACCCUGCUUAUGGUCAGCGGCGAGGCAUUUUACGAGAAUAUCCCUCGAGACGAUUGGAACACUCCUAAGUGGAUCGAUACCCACAAAUAUGAACAGGCCAUCAACCAACUGAUGGCCCAGGGAGUGUUGUAUGGGUGGUCAAAACUGUACCGCAACAUGUGCCGUUUCAAUCUGGGGUUCUUCUAUAAGCAGCUGCGGCUCCAAAAUUAUAAGUAUUAUUUCCGAGUGGAGCCUGAUGUCGAGUAUAUGUGUGAUUUCCAGUACGAUCCUUUCCGCGUGAUGAGGGAACAGAAUAAACAGUAUGGCUUUGUCAUUGCCAUCCACGAGUUUGAGAAUACCAUCCCGUCAUUGUGGCCGACGGUGGAGAAGUUUAUGGAGGCCCAUCCAGAACUUAUUCACCCGAAUAACUCAUUGGAGUAUAUCACGUCGCACGAGCCCGAAAUGAAGCAAGGGUUCACUCCACCGGAAGUCAGCUCGCGCUAUAACUUGUGCCAUUUCUGGUCCAAUUUCGAAAUUGGCGACUUGGACUUCUUCAGAAGUGAUGCCUAUAAUACCUAUUUCGAUUACUUGGAUGCCACCGGUAACUUUUAUUAUGAACGCUGGGGCGACGCUCCCGUCCACCUGAUUGCCGUCAACUUGCUCAUGGACAAAAACCGGGUACACCAUUUUGAGGACAUUGGCUACUUCCACAUCCCUUACAUGUCGUGUCCCCUUCUGGAAACGAUCAGAAUGCAAAAGCGGUGCGUGUGCAAGGCCUAUGUCCAGGGUAAGCGGAUCACCGAGCUGAUCGACACCAAGUUCCACCUGUGUUUACCUCGUUGGUGGCGCUACGGGGCGGGGAAGUCGUUCAAGAACCAGUGGAACUAUGAGUAUAACCGUUGA